AUGGGCCAUCGCCAUCGUUCUGCUCUCAAGCAGCAGAACAAGGCCUUCAAAGGCUCAUCCUCAAAAUCGAAGAGCCUCAAGGAAAAGCGAAGGACUGCUGCAGCUAACGCUGCAUCUCUCGCUGUUAAUAAGCCCACUACAAAAUCUGAGCGAGUGCAGCAGUCUAAGCAACGUCGCGUCCAGCGGUCCCGUGAUCUUCAUCAGCGGCAGGUGCCAAGCGCUGAUGGCCCCCCACCCAAGGUUGUGGUGCUACUUCCCUUCUCAGACUCUGUUUGCAUUGACAAGGUGUUUCAUAAACUGUCGCAGGACUUAGUUCAGGACCAUGGGAAAGCCUCCUGCGAGGGGAUAGCUGGGAUGGACAUGGACGGUGACGAUAACACUUCAAAAGACGUUGCAUCCCCCCAGCAAAAUCCACACUAUUGCCGGUAUACAUUCUCCUUGCCAGCUUACGCAAGAAAUCCACUCAUACCUAAGAAGUACCAACAGAAUGUGUUGCUUAUCCCCGCCCCACGCAUAAGUGAAACAGCAGGGAACGGAACAAUGCUGGAGGAGGGAGAACCACCGGAGAGGCCAAGUGAAUUACUACGGUAUAUGGAUCUCUGUAGUUGCUGUGACGUUUUAGUGUGCCUUUUCGGAGGCAGCUGCACGUACGAAAGAAGUGCCUUUAGUAGGCGGGGAUACAAAAUACUGCAGGGCCUCAAGCUGCAAGGUCUUCCUCCGUCAGUUAUUGGCGUUGGAUGCGUCGAUCCUUCAGUGCUGGAACCGGCGCAUGCGCCAAAAGGAAAAAGCUCAGCAUCAGAAAGUCUUAAGUUCAUGCGCCGCUUUUUCGAAUCCGAGCUUGGAGCUGAAAGAAAAUUUUUCAGCAUCGGAAGCGAUGCAGACUGGCAUAAUGUCUUGAGAGCAUUGGGAGCAGCUGCGUCGCUGACACAGGGCGAUACAAAUACGAAAACUGUUGCAAAAGGCGCCGAGGCAGCGGCUAGCAGAAGGCGGGGACACCUGCUGGCCUUGAGUUGGCGUAUUGCGUGGCAUCACCUUUCGGGAGACCCUGCGGCUCAGCCCGAGCCUUGCCUUGAAGCUUGUGGGCUUGUCCGAGGAGCGGGAUUGACUUGCAACCUGCCAGUACACAUCACAGGAGUAGGAGAUUUCGUGCUUUCCAGGAUUGAGGCUAUGGAGCCAGCGUAUGAGGCAAAGAGGCGGGAACCUUCAUUAGUCAAUGGCCAAGCAAAAGCGGAAGUGGAAGCUCACGUGGCAAACUUGCAAGAAGUGGUGGAGGCGUUACAACCCUUGCAGCCCUUGGAUACUGCUGCUAUGGAACAAACCUGGCCCACAGGAGAAGAGAUGACAGCAGAAGAUGGGAUGGCGUCAGCAAAUCGCAGGCGCGUUCGGGUUCCCAGAAAUGUAGGAGAUUACGAGCGAGCUUGGCUGGAGUCCGACACAGAUGGUACAAACAACGACAGCGAAGAGGAAGCAAAUGAGAAUAGCGACUUCGAAAUGCAGGAGGAAGAGGCUAUUGCUGCGAACACUGACCCAACUACGAGCGUAGUCGACGAAGUUGAUGAUGAUUGGAAGACCCUGAACGGUGCAGAACAGCAACAAAUGGAAGCCGAUAACAAGGCGUACGCAGCUCAACGCCGUGAAGCAGCAGAGAUGGAAAGGGAGUUCCCAGAUCAAGUUGACACACCAUUGAACAUCUCGGCAAAGGAGCGUUUCCAAAAGUACCGUGGUCUCAAGAGCUUCCGUUCUUCCCCAUGGGCAAAGAACGAAGAUUUACCGAUAGGUUAUGGUCGCAUUAUUGAUGUGUCCAACCUGAAGGGCUUGGCGGUAUUUGCGUCACGCGCCCACGCGGAGCUCUGCCGACUGACAGGCGGAUUCUCAGGCCGCUUCUGCCGUCUUCUGAUGCCUCUGCGUCAUUCGUACAUGCUACUGCAGCUAGUACAACAGCAUCCUCCCCUUGAAGGCAAAGGUCUGUACGACGCUUUGGUCGAGGCGAUGACAGGACGAAUAGCGAAUCGGUUUUCGGCAAGCAAUCAAACCUGCACAGCAGGUGCCGUCGCCAGUGCAGACGCCGAUCUGAUGGUGCCCGACUUCCUUUUAGUCUCACAACUGCUGCAGCAUGAGACCCAAGUGGCAGUUGUCCACUCCCAGCUAACAUUCUGCGAUGACCAGCCAAUAAAGAGCAAGGAUCCAAUGUUGAUGGCUUGCGGUUUCCGGAGGUUUCCGGCUUCGCCGAUUUACUCGGAAGAGCCGAGGCAAGGCGUACGCAGUGCAGCUAAAUGGAAGUUCAAGCGCUGGGCAGAACCAGGCUCCACUCUGACUGCAACGGUGUAUUCACCGCUGGUGCUCCCACCCUCGCCGUGUAUCAUGCUUCGGUCUGAUAGCUCAGAACCCGACAAUCUGCGUAUUACAGCCUGGGGCUCAGUACUUCCGGUGAAUGGAGCAAGUAGCCGUUUGAUUAUAAAACGUGUACUUCUCAGUGGUCACCCAUUCAAGGUACACAGGCGCAAAGCAAUUGUGCGCUUCAUGUUUUUUAAUCCCGACGACGUGCGAUGGUUCACUCCAAUAGAAUUGCACACCAAGAGAGGGCUACGCGGGAAUAUUGUUGAACCUCUAGGCACUCACGGUUACAUGAAGUGCAAGUUCAGUGACUAUCUCAAGCAAAGUGACGAGGUUCUGUUGCCCCUUUAUCGGCGCGUAUUUCCAAAGUGGUAUCCUCAGUCGUGGGGAGGUCUGCCAACCCAGCAACCGCUCGACUAA